GCCCCUUCUAAAAGAAGGCCUUCCCAAGAAGAGGAAAGAAGAAAAAAGAAAAAGAAAAAAGAGAUCCGCCCUCCCCCUUCAUCUUUUCUUACUAAAAUCUCAUUCUACCCAUCUUCUUCCGUCUUUCAUUGUGUGAACUACCUCACCGAAUUGCGCAUUUCACAGUCCCCCCUGAACUGGUAAUCCAGAGCUGUCGUGACGCCUCUGUUGCUCUACAGCUAUCACUACGCUGCCUAAGAUUGACGAGGACUGAGACACUUGAAAUCCGGCUUCUUGACAAGGUCUGGGAGUCAGCUGAAUGCAUGCAAUUUCGCCCCUGUUGUUGAAAAAAAGAUAUCCAAUUUCAACGUUUCCCCUCUGUCUCUCUUCUCGACUGCAUCUUCAUUUCCUGUGACAGCGUCCCUGAACAACCACAUCGUCUAACGGCUGCAAGCAUUGCCUUAGCCUUUUGGAGGAAACUGCGAAUAUAGCAUUAUGGAAGACAGAGCAAGUUCAAUUCAACACCCGCCUUUUCAAGGUACACUUCCUCCGCCAAAUGGAAUGCAUUCCUAUGACCCGGGUAUGAACACUCCCACAUCGGCUCCACUUCCGGGCACCGCCAGCGCUCAGAGUCAACACAUGGGUAUCAACAAUUCAAACCACCCUUCUUUUCAGCCAUAUAAUUCGAACUCUGUUUCUCCUGGCCCUUCUCGCGACGGACAAAUGCCUUCACCAUCUGCUGGAACGCCAAUGCAUCCGGGUCAAGUAAUGACCGGAACACAGAAAAGGGCUUAUCGACAGCGGCGGAAGGAUCCCUCUUGCGAUGCGUGUAGAGAGCGCAAAGUCAAGUGCGAUGCCACAGAUGUUGCGAGCUGUUCGGAAUGCGCUUCAAGGAAUGUCAAAUGCCAAUUCACCAAAGAGACUAACCGUCGCAUGUCAUCGAUAAAACAGGUGCAGGAUCUCGAGAAACAACUACUCGCAGCGAAGGAACAGAUUCGAAAGCUUAUGAAUGGACAGCAAGCAAAGGAGAACAUGUUGGAGAGUGGAGGCGCAGAUAGCAACGCUCCAGAUAUACCUAUAACGGUUCCUGACCUAAACUCGAAUCCACAAAGGCGACCUCGACCACCGGUUACGCAGGAUUUAACUGAUGUCCGGGCGCACCUCCGUAAUUACAGUCGAGGUGUUUUCAAACCUCCACCACCCUAUAGACAGGUCGGGCUUCAAUCCAAUUUUUCUCCACCACUUCCAGAGCUUCCUCCACAAUCAGUCGCAGAUGCUAUUUUAGCCCAGUAUUACCAGACGAUACAUUCAGUCAUCCCUAUUCUUCAUUGGCCGCAGUUUGUGCAACGUUACGAGGAGGUGCGGAAGCAAGGUGAUUUGUCGGGAGUUCCGCCCUAUUGGGGGUCUGUGCUGUUUGCCGUCUUUGCUUGUGGUUUGCUCUAUACUGUGGAUCCACAGAUAAAAGCGAGUUAUCCCGACCACGGAAGAUCGUUUAUUGGAUAUUCCCGGCAAUUGACGGAUUUGUUUAACGACGAAUUUACCAUAGACCAUGCACGAUCGGCGCUACUUACCAGUAUUUUCCUCACAGAGUUAAAUUGUAAAUCCGCCGCUUGGACUUGGUUGGGGUCGACCGUCAGAAUUGCGCAAGACAUAGGGUUGCAUCGGGAGAGUGGGCCGUGGCCAGUUGUCGAAGGAGAGAUGCGUCGUCGGGUUUGGUGGGGAAUAUAUGUGUGGGAUCGACUUUUAUCUGUCGAGCUUGGGCGAGUCCUGCUGAUCGAAGACCAGGAUUGUGAUAUUUCUUUGCCUUGUGCCCUUGAUGACCAUUUCAUCUACGACGAGGGCUUGCUGGUACCUAACGGCUCAUCACAACAGCCUGCGAAUUUCCUCCUGACAACCAUUCAUGUGGUUCGUCUUAUCGGACCAUUGUUGAAAAACCUUCAAGUACCUGUCAUAUCUCCACAAAAUCUAGCUUGCUUUGAUACCCACUUCACGUCGUGCUUGUCGGCAUUCCCUGCCAAUUGCCAUAUUAACCAUCCUAACCCUCUUGAACCCCGACACCUAUCCCCUAUAUUCCAUCUUCAGAACUGCCGGCUAGUGCUUCACCGUCAUAACUUGUCCACAUUGUGUCCCUUUGAGGCUCGUGCGGCAGCCCUGGAUUCUUGUGUCUCGGCUGCCAAAGACACAGUUCAUUUCCUAUCUCGUGCCAUGCAAUACGGCUAUGGUACGGGAUGGCAGAACAUGAUGGCAACAUGUGCGUCUACAAUGAUCUGCACUCAUAUCUGGCGUUGCUCAUUGUUUUUAUGUUUCCGUGGGUUUUAUAACGAGGCUCUGGUAUGCGUACAAGUUAGCAAUGCGAUCGGCGAAAUAAGGGAUGUAAAUGUCGCCUGCGGUAGGAAUCUUUACGGCUUCCUUCGGUUAUUGAUGGAGAAGCUCGAUGCAGGAGUUAGUUUGGCACAUGAUGAGGGGAUGAUGGCGCUGGUUUCCGGGGAUGUUCAGGGAAGCACGGAAUCCUCGUGGGUAUGGAAUGGAAGUGAGACUGGACAGGCUUUGAAUCAUGGCUCUCCAGGUCACGAGACCCCUGUGGCCAAUGGCAAAGACUAUCCCCACACGAAUGGACACGCAGAACCUCCUGCGAGCCUUUCGAGGGAGGAGGCGGUAGAUUGGGGUGGGUGGUCCCAAUUGGAGAGGAUGCUUCAGGAACUGGCCCAUGAUAAAGCUGCGAGAGAACAAGCUCACCAACAACGCCAACAGCAACACCAACAGCAGCAGCAGCAGCAGCAACCGCCACCACCGCCACCACCGCAUCAACAACACCAGCUUGCGCCAUUACCUUGGAAUGGAGGAGUAGGGGGGUCUGGUCGAUCGGCUCCGGCACCGACAGCCUCAUCCCGGAUUUCUAUCGCCAAUAUCAUAUGAUUCAGUCAUGCUUGUUUGGGCGAAGGGAGUAGUUUUUGGGGUCUCUUUGGUUUUGGGGUCGAGCGAAGCGAAGCGUCUGACAUGGUCUGGGCUGGUUAUUGUCUUUUCCCUUUCUAAUUUUGGUGGACUGCUGGGAGACAAAGGACUUGAGACGAUGGAUGGGCCCGGGAGAAGAGUCAUCGAAGCUUGUAACAAAUUGAUUCGCCCGGGCCCGCUUCGUUUUGGUAAUUUGUUUUCAUUUCCUUUCGCCAUUUCCUUACGGUUCCGGUUCGGCUACGUUUUUUUUUUUCCCGUUCUCUGGUCUGUUUUUUGGCGGGGUGUUUUUCUUACUAUAUCCGCGUUUCUUGUCGUGUAUUCUCAAUCAUGUUCGGGUCUGCUUAUGUGCUCUUCUUUGCCUUUUUUUGAACCCCGUUCCUAAGUUCCGGUUUUCCUUUUGGAAAAUCUGUCUAUCCAUCCAUUUGCUCCCCCUUCGCAGUUUAUGCACGAACCCCAUUUAUUGCUUCUCGCCGAAUAGCGCAGCAGGUGCUUUUCUUUUUUCUCCUUUCUCCAAUUCUCAAAUACUUUUAUGCGUCGAUAGGGUUGGCGGGGGUUUCUUGUUUUUUCCAAACAAAAAAAUAUGGUGGCUGCUAUCAUUUUUUUAUUCCCUUUUGCGCUUAUUGAAUGCUAUUCCCAAUUUCCAAGUUCGGUUUAGUUCGGUUCAAUUUCUCUUCCCGCGAGGGUCAUGUAUAUAUAUCACUAUCUAGAUCCCCCCCUACUCUCCAUCACCCCUUCCCCCCACUUAUCACCUCUCAGGGCAAACACCAAUGUUGACGUCGAUACGCUUAACCGUACGUAUCCUGUAUUUUUAGGAAUUUUUAAAUUUCAGUUUAUCUCCCGCCGUUCCCCCCUCCCAUACUUAUUUGCUUCCUAUUUUGAUGCUUGCUGUUCGAGUGGUUAUCUGAUUAUCCUGUCGGUUUUUUUUUUUUUUCCUUUCUUUCAUUUCUCCUGACUUGUUCUGCGAAAAAGGGAGGGCUUCUGAUGUUUUGAUUGCGUUUGAUUUUAUUGAAUAACGUAUGCCAUAUUUUGAUACUCA